AUGCACGUUGUCAAGAGCGUCUGCUACUUCCUCUUUGCCGUCAACGUCGCGGCUGUCCCUUUCAACCAGACUCUUGGACUUGAAGCUCGCGACGUGAGUCUGAGGUGCAAGAACACCAAGGGUGACUUCACCAUCAGCCAGAACAAGGCCGAGGGCAACAUCCACGCUGCGCCAGUGGGUGACCCGGACAAGAAGGAGCCCAAGACCAAGUCGGGCUACCCGCACGGCUACGGCAACCGAGACGGCAUCACCUGGCCCAACAAGAAGUGCAACGACAAGAACGCCAAGCUCCUGGAAUUCCCCGUCUACCCUGAUGGCCACCUUUUCCCCUACAACGAAAAGAAGUCCGACCUCGACCCCGGCCCGGCCCGCGCCAUCUACACCUACCCAAGCAAGGACUUCUGCGGUGUCAUGGCGCACACGGAUGGCAAUGCGGGUGGCUUCGCUCUGUGCAGCUAA